GGAGUUUGUACACUGAUAGACGGUAACGAUGGCUUCAACUGUUGGUCAGGUGAUCAAGUGUAAAGCGGCCGUGGCAUGGGAGCCGAAGCAACCGCUCACGAUCGAAACGGUCGAAGUAGCACCACCCAAGGCAGGUGAAGUUCGCAUCAAGGUGGCCGCAUCCGGUGUAUGCCACACGGACGCGUACACACUCGGUGGGUUGGACUCGGAAGGUAUGUUCCCGGUAAUUCUCGGGCACGAGGGUGCCGGUGUAGUGGAGAGUGUGGGCGAAGGUGUUACCAAGUUCCAGCCGGGUGAUCAUGUUAUCCCGCUGUAUAUUCCUCAAUGUUUCGAGUGUCGGUUCUGCAAAAGCCCCAAAACCAACCUUUGCCCGAAGGUGCGUGCUACCCAGGGCAAGGGUGUGAUGCCGGACGGCACAACACGGUUCACGUGCAACGGCAAGUCGAUCUACCAUUUCAUGGGAACGUCCACGUUUACCGAGUACACGGUGGUAGCUGAGGUAUCGCUGGCGAAAAUCGAUCCUUCCGCUGCGUUGGAGAAGGUGUGUUUGCUUGGUUGUGGCAUUCCGACCGGCUAUGGAGCGGCACUCAAUACGGCCAAAGUGGAGGCUGGCAGUUCCUGUGCUGUGUGGGGUCUGGGUGCUGUUGGGCUGGCGGUCGUAAUGGGCUGCAAGGCGGCUGGUGCGAGUCGUAUUAUUGGAGUCGACAUCAAUCCGGACAAAUUUGAGAUUGCGAAACAGUUCGGUUGCACCGAGUUCGUCAAUCCGAACGACUUCAAGGAACCGAUUCAACAGGUGUUGAUUGAGAAAACGGAUGGCGGACUAGAUUACACGUUUGAGUGUGUCGGAAACGUGAAUACGAUGCGUGCUGCGCUGGAGUCUUGUACGCGGGGGUGGGGAGUGUCGGUGAUCGUUGGCGUUGCCGAGGCUGGUAAGGAAAUUGCUACUCGGCCGUUCCAGCUGGUUACCGGGCGCACCUGGAAGGGGACGGCUUUCGGUGGAUGGAAAAGUGUCGAGAGCGUGCCGAAGCUGGUAGAUCAGUAUCUGCAGAAGGAGUUGAAGGUGGAUGAAUUUAUCACGCACAACAUGGGCCUGGAGAAGAUCAACGAUGCAUUUACGCUGAUGCAUGAAGGCAAAAGCAUUCGGUCGGUGGUUAACAUGUAAACU